ACGUGCUCAGGCAAAGAACGGGCUUGAAUGGAAUCUUCACCCCCACAACACCUACUCCAGAGGCUGUACGCUGUAAAGGAUCACCUGCUCUUUGCAAAUACCUGGAUUGGAAAUUCAUUGAAAGCCACAAUGGAGACAACAAGUGACACCACAAAAAUCCUUGGGAAAGGUCCCGAAUACCUUCGAAAGCAAAUGGAGCUGGAGAGUGAGACAAAGGGACGUGUGAGUGCUGUGGAGAGGCUUGCUGCAAGCAAACUGAGAUACGUCAAAAGCCAGCUGGUGGUCAACUCAACUCAGGAGUCUGUGAUCAGUCUUGGAUCGGCUUCUGUGAGCAGCAUGGGGUCUUCAAGCCGGAGCUCGAACCGUGGUGGGAUCCUAGCCACGGGGAGUAACUCAACAGAGGCUGAAGGUGGUUCAAAGAACUGCUCACCGGGGCAGGUGCGUCGGUCCAGCUCCAAAAAGCGGCCAGACUCUCUUCUACUUUACAGACAGAAAUGUGAGUUACUGCGGGGUGCAGCAAAUGACCGGAAACACCAUGUAAAACGUAAAUUGCUGAUAAACACUGUGAACAAAAAUAUCCCGUUACUUAAGGAAUGUGAGUUUGAAAGGAACAAGGAAGCUAUCACCACACAUCAGGGACCAGCAAAGGAAUGUAGCCCGCACGGAGCUGCCUCCCGCUCAGAGAGGAGGAUUGAGCCUGGGACAAAGGUGACAGCCGCUCUCCUAACUGUCCCAGAGUUUGAAAGCAGGUCUGGCAAAGGUGUCAGUCGUUCUCACUCUGACAUCAGCUCCAGGUACUCCAAAAACUUUGCGGACUUCGACGCAUUCUUCAGGUACUGUGGGCUGGACGGUGAGGUCAUCAAGUCCUUGGGGAAGGAGAACUUCUCGGCGCGCUCGGAUGAGAUUGCGAUAAACAUCCGGAGUGCCAGCGUCUCCACUUCAGAUGGCGGCUUCUCCAGGAGCAGUGGGGGCAGCGAUGGAUUAUUGCAGGAAGAGUUGCGUGGGAAGAUAUGUCAGGGGACGUCAGUCAUUGAGCGCAAUGCACGGAUUAUCAAAUGGCUGUACAGCUGCAAAAAUUCCAUAGACUCUGGGAAGAAAUUACGAGACCUGGAUUAAGUUUUUCUUUUUUUUCUACAGAUACCCCUGCUUACCUUAGACUGAACAUAAAAUUAUGAAAAACAUUAUAAACAAAGCCAGGAACAAGACCAUACUUACCAUCUAUAUACUCUUGAGGACAUAUCUGAAAAGAUUUAAUGUUCAUUUAUUGUAUGUAUCUUUACAAUGACUCUCUCAAACAUGGCUGUGGUUGUCCAAAUGGAAGUAAUUAUGCCUUUACUUUCAUUGUAAUGUGUGUGUUUGUGUGUGUGUAUCUUGAUUAUGUUCGUUUACUUGUUGUUUGGUCUUUAAAACUAAAAUGUAUUCCUUGACUCAAAUUUCAAUUUGACCAGUAGGCCUAGUGACACUUAGCAAAAAUGUGCCACUUGCCAAAAAUACUAAAACAUUGAUAUUGGUUCACAACAGAAAAUGUAAUUCUAUUUCCAGUUCAAAAAUGUUUGAAUAUCAGUAUGUAAUACUUGAAUAUUUUGGUGCUACUCUCCAAUUAGAAACCUUUAAACAGGAGGGUUAUAAGUUGCAACCAGUGGCUUUAGUCGUAGUUGAUGAAUCCUUUACUCAUGAUUUACAGGUCUGUUAAAAGAUGCUUCUAAGGCCAAAUCUUGGGUUUCAAUUUUUUAAAUACAUCCAUCCUUCCUUUUGGUAAUAAUGCUGCUACAAAUAUUCUCAAUCAUUCACUUUUAUUAAUGCCUUAUACCUGAUCUACAAAAAAGAAUAUUACAUUCUUUAUUAUCAAUUAAAAAGACAUUAGUUGUCAAGGGUAAACCCUUUAUGAAGGGCGACUUAUCAGAAAGUAAUUCAAAAUAAAGAUGUAGAACUCAUGUUAUGGCAUUGAGAAAUCUUGCCAAAAACACUUACGGGUGACUAAUGAUGACUGAUGUGACUGUGCUUUUUACAUGUUAUUGUGGUCGAGUGUUUCUGGUAAAUCAUAAAAUUUGACGGCAGUCAGACCAAAAGUAUUGAAAGAUGUGAUUUUCCAGCCACAAUUUCAGUUGAUUCCCGAGUCCUGUGUGAGAGGAAUGUACUUUAUAAUCUUAUGCAUUCAUAGUGACCCGGUAUAACUCUAUCUCCACUUACACCCGAGCUCUGCCUGCUUUGUCUCUUCAACACCUUUUCUCGCUUUCUGUCUUUUUAGCCAAAUAUCUUUUGCUGAUCUAAGUUUCGGGAGUGUGCAAGGUAAAAAAAAAAGAGCAACGGUCAGCCUCUUGUUGAUUCCUUGAGCGAAAGGAAUUACUACACACAGUUUCUUUCUAGCAUAUGCAGAAAACCCACAGUAUGUGAGUAGAUACACAUUACUCAGCUGCGCCUGUGUUGUAGACACACCUUUCCCUGCUCCAUGAGCCUGACAGAGUGUUUUACAUAAAGGCAAGUCAUAUCCUGUCUACUCCGCUUGUUUUUUUCCAGAACUCAGAGUGACUUCUUAUUCAGUUGAUGAUUCUCUCACAAAAAUGGUACUUUAGACAUGUAUCUCAAAUGCAGAAUGCGCGAUUAGUGACUGAUAAUAUACACUGCUUGCACAGUUGUGGGCUUGUAUUAUCUUUUAUUAGGAUAUGUAUUUAUGUAAAAGUGUUACUAAGCUCUCAGACAACUUCACCACAGACUGAAAGAAAAAUAACAACUGAAAUGUCCAGGAUGGACAGGAUGUGUUGUCUCUGUAACUCUGUUUUUAACUGAAGUAUGUUAAAGUAUAUAAAGUUCCCACACAAAUAAAGCUAUCAAUAUUU